UGAAAUUAUUAGUAUUAUCUAAGCAAACUCAGUUCCAGGGCUUUCCUUGCCCUGGAAACGAGGUUGGGUCUUAAGGGGAAAGUGCUAUACGGCUAUAAGGUCCUAUAAGCCCAAUGAGGCAUCAUAAGUCAACGUAAAAGCGGUUACCCUCUAUUUAUCUAACAAAUGAAAGUAUGGCAGCCCAGAAAUCUACUGGCAACUAAAAAAUAGGUAAUAGUACUAAUUGACUUAAGCUGGUAGGACGUCCGUCAAUUUUUCUUCUUACUCGGAGUCAUCAAGAGAGAUCAGCAGUUGGUGUCUUACCUAGAUUUGUAAAAGGAAAUGGUAUUUCCUUUUGUUUCCUCCUUUCCGUACGUGUUCCAGAGAAUUUUUAACUUCAAUCUUAACGAUGUCAACUGUCUUUUUAUUUUCUUUUUGGAUGUGUAGUUACAGGAGCGAAAAAACAUAAAAGCAAGGCAGUCGCUAAAAGUGACCUCUCGCGAAAGUGCUGGUCACGGUAGGUUGCAUUACAUGAUAAUUUUGGGCUCAUUAUCUUUUUUCUCAAGUUUUGACAGAUUUUUUCCACUUCAUCGUUAAACAUUUAACUGGUUUUAUAGUUUAGGACCCAGGAGCCCAUUAGUGGGCUCCUGAGGACCCCAGUGUUUGAUGAUCUUUGAUAUGAGCGUGACUAAGCGUGACAUGCUUUCGUGACGGAGAUAAGACCAUCCUCGCGAGGGACUUGCACUAGUUCUCGUGGCUUAGCAAAUUUCUAGUCAGUUCGUACAACGUUACAUCGAAAGAUCGCUGUACUUCUGAAUAACUUGGAUCGAAGAACGUACAUUUUGCGAAAAAGGCAUGAUAUUACAAGUUUCUCGAACUCCCCUUCUGCGAAAUGGACGUUAUCUUUUCCUAUGCUCUCUCCGUAAUCUAUCGAGCAAUGUUGGGCAACCUUGCCAGCCGCUGAAUUACAUCAAUGGGCAUCGGAUCAAUCCAGUUAGCGAGGAAGAAGAAGGCGAUAUCUAUGUCACUGAGCCAGCUACUGGGAAAAUUAUCUGUCAGACACAAGGUUCAGGAAAACAGGAAGUAGAUCGUGCAGUGAGCUCAGCGAAAGAGGCUUUCAGUUCAUGGUCCAAAAUGUCAGGGAUGGAGAGGGGGAAAAUCUUACGUGAAGCGGCCAAGAUUAUCCGGAGUAGAGUCAAAGACUUAGCCACAGUUGAGGUCAUGGACACCGGAAAGCCAUUUCAUGAAGCAGUGUGGGAUAUUGAGGGCUGUGCAGAUGUCACAGAUUAUUAUGCUGGUCUCGCUCCAACCAUUAGUGGCAAGCACAUUCAGCUUCCUAAUGGAUCUUUUUCUUACACAAGGCGAGAACCUCUAGGAGUGGUAGGAGGAAUUGGUGCUUGGAAUUACCCAUUCCAAAUCUGUGUUUGGAAAUCUACUCCUGCCCUAGCUUGUGGAAACACAAUUGUGUUCAAGCCAUCCCCAUUCACACCCCAGACUGCUGUUCUUAUUGCUGAGAUUUUCACUGAAGCAGGGCUUCCUAAUGGUGGUUUAAAUGUUAUUCAGGGAGAAGGAGUGACAGGCCAUUUGCUAACAUCACAUCCUGAUGUUGCAAAAAUUUCCUUUACUGGAUCUGUACCCACUGGACAAAAGAUCAUGGCAGAUGCAUCAGCUGGUGUCAAACAUGUCACUCUUGAGCUGGGAGGCAAGUCCCCCCUUCUUGUCUUUGCUGACUCUGACCUUGAAAAUGCUGUUAAGGGAGCAAUGAUGGCUAACUUCCUUACACAAGGAGAGGUUUGUUCCAAUGGAACUCGGGUAUUUGUUGAAAGGAGCAUCAUGGAUGAAUUUCUGAGCCGAGUUGUGGAGCGCACUAAAAAAAUCAGAGUAGGUGACCCCAUGAACCCUGACACUCAGAUGGGAGCAUUGAUCUCUGAGGAACAUCUUCACAAAGUUCUUGAUUAUGUGGAAUUAGGAAAGAAAGAGGGCGCCAAAAUUCUCUGUGGAGGUGAACGCCUGAAACUGGAGGAACCCAGAUUGGCCAAUGGGUUUUACAUGUCACCAUGUGUGAUGACUGACUGUUCAGACGAUAUGACAGUUAUUAAGGAGGAGAUAUUUGGCCCUGUUAUGACAGUGCUGCCAUUUGACACUGAAGAAGAAGCUGUUAAGAGAGCCAACAACACUGAUUUUGGUUUGGCUGCAGGAGUUUUUACAAAAGAUCUCAAUCGAGCUCAUCGUGUUAUUGCUAAUCUUCAAGCAGGAUCCUGUUGGAUCAAUAAUUACAAUUUAACACCGGUCGAGGUUCCUUUUGGUGGAUACAAGAAGUCUGGCGUGGGUCGCGAACUGGGUGAAGACACCAUUGAAUAUUACACGCAAGUUAAGUCAGUUUACGUAGAAAUGGGGGAUGUGGAGUCGCCGUUUUAACCAAAUCAGGGCAUCCGCCAGAGUCGUUGAAGAGUUGAGUUGCACGAUAGCUUGACUGCGGGUGGAAAUUCCAAAUACUACCCAAAUACUGUUUUAAGCAUUUCUCUAAAAGAGGAACCAAGUCAAAAGGGGAAAACUGAUGAAAAUUCUAAUUCAAAGCCAUGUGAAUUUGCAGACGUCAGGAUUUCAUUCAUAGUUGAAAAAAUUAUUAAUGCAUACUCCCCUGCGAUGGACACACAAAAAAGAAUCCUUUCAUUUCCGUGGUAAAGAUAAUUCUCCCUUGUAACCACUACACGAUUAUCUUGUUAAUUAUUCAAAAGAAUUUGGUGUUAAAUCAACCUACCAGAACAGCACCCUCUGACUGAAGUUUUAUGGAAAGUCAUAGGACGAACUAACUCCGUCCGGUGAGGCGUGUGGAGUGGGAGAGGAACAAUUUAUAACUAAAUACUCUUAAUGAUCUAGCUAUGGCUACUUAAGUUUGUAACCCGGCAACUGUUAAUACUUGCAGAUCAAGAAAAUGAUAUACGGAUGUCAAUUAAUAAGUUAUUUUACUUCGAAAUUAUACAAAAUAAAGCUCUGUUUUGAUUUAUUGA